UUUCGGUGACUUCUUCCCCGCGGUCUGUAUGGCUGGUUCGCGGUCCAUAGGUUUCUGGAGUCGCACGGUGGAGCCCUAGGAAACGGGGACAACCAAACAACGUCCAGCCACCAUCGGACGAAACAGGGAAAAGGCCACACGGGAGAGGAAACCGAAACUGAACCAAACCAAAGCCAAAUCGCCAUGAGACGAAGCGGAUCGCGCAAAAUGGACGGCCACCACAACCACAACCUCCGUUCCGACCACCACCCCUACGUCGCCAGCCCAACCGACGAGGGGGAGAGCCCCGAAGGCGGCCCCGAGUCGGGGUACCUGCCGAGAGACGGGGGCACCGGAUCCCCUCCCUCUAGCGACGACGAAGGCGCCGAUCGGGCGGAAGCCGGGAGGCGCCGGUGGGCCCUGGCCCUCUUUUCCGCGACGACCGUCCUGCUCUUUGCCGACCAGAACCUCAUGUCCCCCAACCUGACCGCCAUUGCCGAGGAUUUCGGCCUCAGCAACGACGAGCGGGACCGCAAGCUGGGGGGGGACAUCUCCCUCGCCUUUUUCCUGGUGGGUGCCCCGGCCAGCUUUCUGGUGGGGGUGCUGGCGGAUUCCGGCAACCGCGCCCGGAUCUUUGGGUGGACGGUCUUCGCCGGGGAGCUGGCCUGCCUCCUGACGUACUUUGCGCGGUCCUAUCGCCAGCUCUACCUCUGCAGGGCCGUGACUGGCUUUGGCGUGGGCGGCGCCCUGCCGGUCAUCUAUUCGGUCCUGGGGGACCUUUACGGGGCCGGGGACCGCCACGUGGCCUCCGCGCUCGUCAGCUUCGGGCUCGGGGCCGGCAUCUCGCUGGGCCAGGCGGUGGCGGGGUACCUCGGGCCGAUCUACGGAUGGAGGCUGCCCUUUCUGGUGAUCUCGGUGCCCGCUCUGGUUUGCGCGGCGCUCGUCUGCACGACGGUGGAGGACCCGGAGCGGGGGGCCAUGGAAACCGCCCGCGGGGAGGCCGAGCGGGAGGGCCUGGUGGCCGAGGAAGGCGGCGUGGCGCUGGUGCCCAUCACGUCCCGGUCGAACCUGGUCGAUGCCGACGCCUCCCACGACUACGUGGAGGCCCGGGCCGGUGCGGACCACGCCAAAAGCGGCGGCGGCGGUGGCAGCAGCACCGGCUCGUGGAGGGACCACGUCGAGAGCGGCAUCGGACUGCUCUCGACCAGGUCGGUGGCGCUGAGCCUUUUCCAGGGUGCCCCGGGCUGUGUUCCCUGGGGCGUCAUCAACGUCUUUCUCAACGACUACCUCAGCGAGGACCGCGGGUUUUCGGUGCAGUCUGCGACGACCGUCCUCAUGUGCUUCAGCCUGGGGUACGCCCUCGGCCUCCUGGUGGGGGGUGCCGGGGGUAAGCGCCUCUACGAAACCGACCCCCGGCUUCCCUGCCUGCUGGCCGGGGGGACCGCGAUCGCCGGCUGCUUCCCGCUGUGGUACCUCCUCAACGGAGUGGAUUCCUCCACGCCCUUUGGGGUCGCGGCGACGACCGCCCUCGCGGCCGGGCUGCUGGCGGCGCCCACCGGCCCGAUCGUCAAGGCGACGCUGACAAACGUGACCCUCCCCCGGGCGAGGGGGCAGGCCUUUGCCCUCUUCAACCUCUUCGACGACCUCGGCAAGGGCCUGGGCCCGUACCUCGUCUCCCUUCUCAUCGUGGGGUGCGGCGGGAGGCGGGCGGCCUUCAACACCGGCGUGCUGGGAUGGGUGCUGUGCGGGGUGGCCAACCUGGCCAUGUUCUUUACGGUGGCCCGCGACGAGCGCGCCGUUCAGGCCGCGCUGAGCGCCGGACGGACCGGCGUUCCGCCGUGCUACUAGAAUGCAGGGAACACAUCCGUCCGACGGUGCUAUAGUAU